CCCGGAGAUAAUUGGUGUCCUUGGAGUAGAAUAAGCUCAUUUUAAAACACCUCAGGCCCGGGCUGCCCCGGUGUGUGUGACUGUGUAUUGCAUAAUUGAUUCCAAUGAGGGAGGGGCGGUUCCUAUCAGAUCCAUUCUAAGCUGGGAGAAACAGAGAGAGAGGGAGGGAGCUGAGCAGAGGCUCGGUCUGUGCAGAAGGGCUCAUUGCAGUGAGAGGAACGACCGCAGUCCGUGCAGAUACAGACAUACUUAGGCACUGACAGCCAAGACAGCAUUCACAUGGUCUUGAUUUAAGGACAUAUCCUCAUGCCGUAAAGGUGAUACUCCAGAACCUCAUCUGUCAUUCAUCCACGGUUUCAUUUUUUCACUGAGAAGAUAGAGAUUGGUCGUUCUUUCUCACCUUUCUCCGGACACAAUGAGGAGCAGAUCCGAAGUUUGAGCGACUCCAGACUGAUCGCAGUCAUUUACACUCCGCUCCGAGUCUGUCUGUGUUGAUUAUCGCUGUUAUUUUGCAGGCAGAAGAAGUGCUGGUAGUUCUUCUAUCCUUGUUGGAUUGUAGCAUUUUCUCCCUGAAGGAUGGUGCUAGACAAGGAGGAGAGUGUGUCUGUCGUUCCCCUCCAGUCCAGAGAGAAGCCAAGAGGCUGUGCUGGCUGUAAUGGGAAGAUCCGGGACCGCUUCAUGCUGCAGGCGCUAGACAGGUUCUGGCAUGAGGACUGUCUGAAGUGUGCCUGUUGUGACUGCCGCCUGGGCCGAGUGGGCUCCACCCUGUACACCCGGGCAAACCUUAUCCUGUGCCGCAGAGACUACCUGAGGCUCUUUGGGGUGACGGGGAACUGUGCAGCCUGCAGUAAGCUGAUCCCUGCCUUUGAGAUGGUGAUGAGAGCCAGAGACAACGUCUACCAUUUAGACUGCUUUGCCUGUCAGCUCUGCCGCCAGAGAUUCUGCGUGGGAGACAAGUUUUUCCUCAAGAACAACAUGAUCCUGUGUCAGCUGGACUAUGAAGGAGGCCAUCUUAAUGGAAGCUCUGACAGACAGCCACAAUAAGAGAUCUGGAGAGGGACCACGGUGAGCCAGCUGGACCAUGAAAUUCACAGCAGCACACUUCUCAUCAGCUUCUCGCUUCAAACUGAACUCUGAAGAAUGUA